AUGGAGAUAGAAUCCACGCCGCAGCAGCUAGAAGAGUCUGACACAGAGAUGACAGGUGUGGCCUCGCCUCAAAAGGAUGCUCGCGAAGAUGAAGCGGAUGACGACGCUGAGGGAGAAGGUGAAGGCGAAGGCGAGGAAGUUGCGGAAGACGAAGAAGGCGACGAGGACGAGAGAGACACGCCGAGGACACCUAUUGAGGGCGAAGAAGAGAUGACACCCACCGCAGACAACGAUUCUGAAGGAGGCGCACAGGAUACACCGUCCCGGCCUUCCAGCACGGCGGGACGGGGCGGCAGCAGCAUGCUCGGGCGACCCCCACGACGGCGGCGCAUCGGCCGUCCUCCAAAGAACAAACCAGCCGACUGGGACGCAGACGAAGGCACAGGAACGCCGGCAGGAACAGGCAGGACAGGCACUCCAGAUACACCGGGAGCGCGGUCUGGCGCGAACACACCCGUCAAGCGCGGCCGGGGACGAGGCCGGCCUUAUGGCGGCGGAGCAGGCGGUAGCGGUGGCGGCGCAGGAGGAGGAGGAGGAGGAGCUGGUCGUUGGGGCCCCAAGUCGCGCGGCAGCUCGGCGCAUGUCUCACACUUGCCUUUGGACAAGGACGGGAACGUUCUAGAGGUCGUUGAUGAUGAGGUUGACCUGCCCGAAGACCCAGAGGGAGAGACCAAGGUCGACAAGUUAGGCAAUCUGCUGGGUGGCCGGGAGUUCCGUGUACGCACCUUCAAAGUGCUCGAUAGAGGGGAUAGGCAAUACAUGCUCUCUACGGAGCCAGCGCGGUGUAUUGGCUUUCGAGACUCCUACCUCUUCUUCCAGAAGCACAGGCUGCUCUACAAGAUCAUUAUCGACGACGAAGCCAAGCGCGACCUUAUCGAACGAGACAUCAUCCCUCACUCCUACAAGGGCCGAGCAAUCGGCAUUGUGACCGCGCGGUCUGUCUUUCGCGAAUUUGGCGCGCGCAUCAUCAUUGGUGGCCGGAAGGUUGUGGAUGACUACCAUGCGCAGGAGGCGAGGGACAGAGGAGAUGUAGAGGGUGAAUUAGCCGUACCUGAGGAUAGAUUGCCCGCUCCCGGGGAGAAGUAUAACAAGAACCAGUAUGUUGCCUGGCAUGGGGCGAGCAGUGUGUAUCAUUCAGGAGUGCCUUCGGUGCCUAUGCCAGUCAGCAAGGCCGUGGAGAGCAAGAAGAGGAAGAUUGUGGUUACGGGGGACAACUGGAUGGUCCAGCAUGCCCGUGAAGCUAGUCGCUUCAACUCUGAACUGGCGAGUCUACGGCGAGAAAACAUCAACGGCGUGUAUGACAUCCACACCAACUUGAUGAUGUACCCCAAGACGAUGCAGCCUACCCACGCACGCUGGGAGCAGAUCGAGCCAUCUGAAGACUCCUCCUCAUCCUCUACAUCGACUACUAUCUUUCCAUCAGUCCGAGGCAUCUUCAGCCGCAACUUCCGCAUCCAUGACAUCGCAUAUGAGUCCGCACCCAACUCAUCUCUCAACCUAAUCCCCGGACCAGACGGGGAGUACUACGACCUCGGCUCCAACGGACUGAUCUCACUAGAUAACGAAGCCAGCAGCAACGACCACGACGCUGGCUCUGAAGGAAUCAACUUCAAGAUGACGCCGGAGGUGCUGGCCGAGCUACCGGAGGACUGUCGACAAGCCUACCUCGACGCCGCAGCCCGGGAGUGGCAGUGGAAGAACAAGUGGAAAGGCGAGAGAGUCGACGGCGCCAGAGCCAACCUUGCCAUGAACUUCUCCUGGACUCCCUAG